GUGCUUGAAUUGGCCGCGCAAUCAGAAAAUAAAACAUUGAAUGUUUUCUCACAGGUGUACAGAAGAAUGGUCCCGCUGUCUAAGAAAUUGAUACAACAAUUGUACGCGGAGUUCAUGAGUCAUCUUAAGAUUGGCAACCACAACAGUCAAAACGACAACAGCAAUGGCAACAACAACAACAACAACAAUAAUAAUAAUCUUAGUAGUUUAGAGGAUGCCAUACAUAAAUUCUUCGUUAAUCUAUUUCCGGUGGCAUACCAUCAGGCUGUGCAUUUGAACAAGGAUAAUUAUGGCGAAUUGCACGAUGACUACAUCAAUUGCCUUAAGCACACAUACGACGAUUUACAACCAUUUGACACGAUACCCAAAGAGAUAAAACACAACCUAAUGCAGAGCGUACAAACGGCGACAAUAUUCAUGAAUUCAUUGAUCCAAAGCGCAAAUGUACUGAGUGAAACAGAUGAGCUAUACGCUUUGUAUCUGACAGAUACAUGCCAGAAGCACUUGCUCAAGAUGAGCUAUUGUCCAAGUUGUAAUGGCCUACAAAAAACGCAUGCGAAAACAUGCUACAGUUAUUGUAUGAACGUUUUGCGUGGUUGUUCGGCACAAUAUGCUGGUGUUUUGGAUAGUCCUUGGUCGAAUGUCGUAGAUGCAAUUGACAAUCUAGUAACGACACACAUACGCUCGGACAAUGGCAUUGUUACCACAAUAAAGCAUUUGGAUGGCAAAUUAUCAGAGGCUAUUAUGCGUGCUAUGGAGAAUGGACCUGAGUUAGAGAAGAAGGUGAAAAAAACUUGUGGUGCCACGAAACUAUUGCCAUCAAAAUCCACCGAAGAAAAACGGCCAGCUCAACCUUACAAUACUAAAUGGGCAACUCCUCCAGAUGCAGAAAUAUUACAGUUUUUAUCAACUAUUGAUAAAUCCAAGGAAUUCUUCUCGAAUAUAGUUAACAAUGUUUGUGAGGAUGAAGAUAUACAACGUAAUGAUCAUCAUUGCUGGACUGGUGAACGUAUUGGUGAUUAUACACAAAUUGUAAUGGCCACUGCUAUGGACACACAACGUUAUAAUCCCGAAGUACCAUUAGAGCCUAAUUCACAAUCAACUAAAUUAAAUGAUUUGGUUGAUAAACUCAUUAAAAUACGCAAAAAUAUUGGCAGUGCUGUGCCAUCAACUACUCGUUCCUAUUCUGAUAUACAAAGUGACAUGGCGCGACAUGACGAUGAAGUUGGUUCCGGGAGAAUGCCCGAUGAUGUCGAUGAUGAGGAAUACGGCAGUAUGCAUGGUUCUGGUGAUGGCUCAGGCGAUGGUGCAACAUCAUCACCUUACGAUCCUACCGGUCUGACACCAAUUAACAGCAAUGACAUUGAACCACGAGGCAGUGCGUCGCUAUCUUCCACAACAUCCAUAUACUGCUUAACCAGCACAGUUAUCAUUACACUAGUCACACGAUUUUUAACGAGCAGUAGUUAAACUUUUACGACUCGCUGCGAAUCAUAACGUUCGGGUACGCUCUCACGCUCACUACAAUAAUAAUUGCGCGCAAAAUCUUCUAUUAAGGAAAAAUGCUAUAUUCUUUAGAUUUAAAUUAUUAUUUAAUUUAGUUAUUUAAUAAUUAACAAGGAAACACUAAAUAUUAUAAACCAGAAAAAAACAAAAAAAAAACUAUUAACAAAUUGGGAAACAAAACGUGUAGAAAGAAAGAAAGAGGGUGCAACUCUGUGUAGGCAUUAAAAUUUAUUACUGUAAUAAUUAUUAAAUAUAUUUAUAUAUAUGUGUGUAACUUUAAAGCUCUUAGAGUGUUAAUUAGCACUGAAAUGUGUCAAACCAGCAAAAAAAUUUUAUCAUAGAAAAGUAAUUUCAGUUAACAAGAAAAACAGAAAAGUAACGAGUUCUAGCAAAUAAGCGCAAUAAUGAUUACUCGCUAUUAAGCCAAAAUAGUGAAUACGUGUUUGGUAGUAAUCGAUAAUUAUUAAUGACUGGGUUUAUACUUUAUUAGCCAAUUACGAAAAUCAUUGGUAAAACAUAUGCAAAAAAAAGUAUGCUGUGGAACUUAUAACCUAACAAAACAGAAAUUCAAAA